AUGUUGGGAGAUCCGGCCCGGCGCAAUCAGAAGCUCAGAUGCACCUACCAUCAAGACAGGGGGCACAUGACUCAGAAUUGCAGGGCACUGAAGCAACACUUAGAGGACUUAGUAGUAGCUGGGCACCUCCGGGAUUACAUUGAUCAAGAUAAGGAAGUGACCAAACCGGGGAACCCACCACCAGAACCGAAUAUUGAGCACCCACCUCGGUUGAUAAUAAAUGUGAUCCAUGGAACAACGACUCAAGAACCUGAGGAGACACUGAAAGAAGAGAUUGCUAAGGCUGUGCAAAUUCAACAAGUCAUGUCAGUGGAGCCUGCAUUGAAAAAGGUACGCACGGUACCCAAAUCCCCCUUGUGUACUGUUUCAUUUACUAGAAAAGAUUUAAAAGGUAUACAGCACCCACAUACUGAUGCACUGAUUAUAACUGUGGGAAUUGGGAAACGGUUUGACGUAAAACGAGUCCUGGUAGAUCAAGGCAGUGCAGCAGACAUAUUGUAUUAUGACUUGUUCAGAAAGCUUGGUCUCUCCGAGCAGCAUCUCACCCCAGCGGCAGCCCCCAUAGUUGGCUUCAAUUCACAGUCAGAAUGGCCGCUUGGCAUAAUAGUAUUGCCAGUUGUGACAGGAACAAAAAUGCUCCAGAUAGAGUUUCUAGUUAUUAAUACCCCAUCCCCUUACAACGCCAUACUUGGGCGUCCAUGGAUUCAUCAAAUGGAGGUGGUCCCUUCAACCUACCACCAGCUCAUCCAUUUCCCAACGGAACACGGAGUAGAACAGAUCUUAGGGGAUCAACCAGUCUUGGAAGAUGUAGAGGGAACCCAAGAGGAAAAGAUAGUAGAGGAUUUGGAGAAAGUCCUAGUAAAAGAGGAUGAUCCAGAAAAGUACUUCCUUAUCGGGCUGGACCCAGAAUUUGCUUGCCACAAGCUCAACAUUAACUCUUCUGCUCAGCCUGUAGUACAGAAAAGUCGGAGAUCCUCAGUUGAGCUCACUAAAGCAGUAAUUGCCGAAGUCGAAAAACUCCUGGCAUCGGGCACGAUCAGAGAAGUUCAGUACCCGUAA